ACUGAUUGCUCCGCCCCAGUUAUUUUUAACCCUCUUCUCCCCUUCUGUACUUUCUCUCUUAUUUUCUUUAGAUCCAAACAGCUUAUAUAUUUCUUUUUAGUUACUACCUAUCUCUUUUGGGCUUUCUAAUUUUGGCAAAAUUUAAAGGAGCGGUGGAGAUCCAUUUCCCCCUUUUAACUUUCUUGAUAAGGUUAGUACUUUCAUCUAAAAUCUUAUCUCUUGGUUAUUUGGCUGGCGAAGUUUCUUUCGCUUCUUUGGUUCUCGAUUUGUGUGCUUCUUAGUAACGGUGACGAGGGCCAUGUGAGUUGUUUGAACUGAAAUACUGUUGUUGACGUUUUUCGACGGGAUAAGCUUAUUGUUGUUCUAAGUGUGCACAAAGAUGGGUAGAUGCAAGGGUUGUGGGAAAUUAGGAAGGAUUCUACCAAGGGAUGAGCCUGUGAAUCCUUACCAUUCUGCAUUUCUGUGUUCCCCUGUUGUUUCUGUUUGGGAUUGCAUUGUCCGUAAGAUGAGAUAUUCUUGCAGACCUGAGUUUGUGUAGCCUUGAUUUUAUAUAAUUUAUAUUAGGAAUACGUAGCCGUCAAAGUGUUUUUUUAAAGAAAAAAAAAGGUGAAAGAGGAAAACAGAUAGGUUUAUAGGGAAAUGUAUACGAUUUAGAGGAACUCUUUUACAGAAAAAAGAAAGAAUCUGAGUAAACAGAAGUGUGGGUUUAAAAGCUGUUUAAGUUUUAAUGGAUAACAAGGGAUGCAAUAAAGUGCAACCAGUAGCGAGAAAAGCAAAAAAGAAACAGGUGAAGGAUGAGUUGGAUCGUAUUAAACAGGCCGAGAAGAAAAAAAGGCGUUUGGAGAAAGCUCUUGCUACUUCUGCAGCCAUCCGUUCCGAACUAGAGAAGAAGAAACAGAAAAAGAAGGAAGAACAGCAAAGGCUUGAUGAGGAUGGUGCUGCAAUUGCUGAGGCUGUUGCUUUGCAUGUCCUGAUUGGUGAAGACUCGGGGGAUUCAUGUGAGAUUAUGGUAAACAAGGAUGAGGGGUUCAACCGUUGGGAUUGGGGAAGGAGAGCUAGGCUUCCCCAUCAGGCUCACACAACCUCUCAAGGGUGGGUCGCUAAUGCGUAUAGUGGUGGAUGCGAGUGGGCUGAGUUUGGAAGCAGUGACUGGUCCUUCACGUAUGGAGCUUGCAGAAGGGAUCUACAUGCACCAUGGUUUGAGGAUAGAGGCUGGGGAAAUGAAGAACUUUCAGCUGGUCUUAUAGCAGCACAGGCUGUAUCAGCGCUGCAAAUCACAGAGGACGCAGAAGUAGUAGACACCAUCGUGCUUGACAGAAUGUUGAGAGGCUAGCCUAGCAUUUUGCUGUUGUAUUUGCCACUUUCCAUGUUGCUUGCUGUCUUUUUAUCUUUUAUUCAUAAAUCUGAAUAAUGGAUCUGUAUAUAUAUGUGAUGACUUUGUCACGCAUCUGGUUCUUGUUGCUUCUUUAAAUAUUAAACUUUGUUGCACCA